AUGUUGGCAGAUCCAGCCACAAGAGAACUCCUCUGUUACAGAGCAAACCAGAAAUCUGUAGCUGGUCAGCUAACCGACAUUUUUGAUGGUGACAAUUACAAGCAGUUGGUGCAGCAGGGCCUGUUCUCCAAUCCCAAUGAUAUUGCCAUUAGGCUUUUACCAAUGGAUCCAUCCAUCAGAUAUACCAACAAAUACCUUUUGCAACUGGCAAUCUUGCCUGGCCCCAAGAAGCCAACUCAUUUGGACUCCUUUCUUAUAUCCAUCAUCAAUGAAUUGCAAGAUCUUGAGGCACAUGACUUGGUUGUCAAGCACAAUGGAGUGGAGCUUUGCAGAUUCAAGGUCUAUCUGCUGCUUGCUUCUGGUAAUAUUCCAGCUGUAGCUGAUAUGGCCCACAUUGGUUCCCAUACAAGUUUAUUUGGUUGCCGUUUUUGUGAGACCAAAGGCAAAUGCCCUACUAACAGAUGGCAUGGCAUGUACUUUGAUGACAUUUCUGCCCAGUUAAGACCUUUGGAAGACUUCAAAGUAGGCAACCCUUUGAAGAACAUAUACCAGCCAAGCAUAUAUACCCAACUCUCAACCUUCUCUGGAUCAUCAUUUUUUGUAUUAGAUGAACUUCAUUUAAUUGCAAGAGGAAUUGGAAAGCUUGUGUAUAACCUGAUUACCAUCACCCUCAUAAAGGAAACCAAAUUUUAUUAUACCCAUCCAGACAGUACCCUCAAUACCACCAAAUACCCUUUUCAUAUACCAAGAGCAGAUCUUGUAACAAUUGGAAACUGUAUCACCAGCUCACAAAAAUAUAUACCCACCUCAUUUCAAGGCAGUUUUGACAAUGUAUUUGCCAAGAUCAAUGAUACUCGCGCAGUUGACUGA